UAAUUGCAUGUUUGUACUAAAAAUAAUUAUCUUAUGAUAUUUAACACAAUUUGAUUUACAAUUUGCGACAACGGCUACUUUUCUUGUCGUUUAUUUCUCUCUCCACCUUUUCUAUUCUACAAUGCAACCCCAAUCCAACCAAAACAGAGUGUUUAUAGAAAAGUAACUAACCAAACGGUCACUCUGAUUUGGCAAUGAAAUCCGCAAAAGAACAACAACCAGAGGUACCCCAAGUACCAGAAGAAGAAGAAGAACAACAACCAUUGUUGCUGAACACUACAAAGGUUGUCGAGUACUUAGAGCCAUUCAUGUCCUUAGAGCUUCUCUGCAAAUUCCCAGAUAACUCUGCUUAUGACUUUGACUACUCUCAAAGCACAAUCUGGUCCCCUUUGGUUUCUAGGCCCUACUCUCCCAUGGAUUUGGAUCUCAUCACUCCGAAGAAACUUUCCUAUGAUUUGGCCUUAGGAGCUAGAUGCAGUGUCAACAAGGUUGGUUCUAAGGUUAGAAAGAAAUUCAGUUCUAGCUCCUUCAAUCUCAAAUUUAGUUUCAUUAAGAAAGUUAAUAACAGCAAGAAGAUGGGUUCUGAUUUCUCACCAACACCUUCAAGGGUCAAAUGUGCUUGGAACCCCAUCAUCAAUAAUAAGCGAUGGGGCAGGGCAUUGAAAGCUGCUUCUAAACAGUUCAAGAAAUGGAAGGUGAAGAGAGACCCUAUUGCACAUGUGAUGCUACAAAAGUCUUUCAGAGAUGGAGAUUUUUAACUAUAUAGUGAUGUUAACAUUGUUAUUUUGAUUUUGCUGAUAUUGAUAUUGGUUCGAUAACCAAUGUAUUUAGUUUCAUGAUUAUCUCUUCUCUUAGCUAAAUUAUUUAUUUAUUUUUUGUAUGAAUGAAAACAUGCAAGAUUGAAUUAAAGCAGGCUUGAAUUUUGGGCUAACACAAAAUGCAAUAUCUAUGGGGUGGAUCUAGCAAAAAAACAAUUGUACUUAGUAAUGGCUAAUAUUGCAUGUUUAUGUAUAAUAGGUUGUUACCUCAAACAUUUGGAACAUACAUUUGGAACAUG